AUGAAUUACAUCUGCCAGCGUCGUCUGCAGUGGUCCAUAAGUGGACCCGUCCCUGAGAACCCGCGUCCAUUUGCCGAUCCCGAGGACUACAAAAUUCUCCGCAAUGACUGGCCUUACGGGCUGAGUUCCGGCAUUGAGCAUCUGGUGGUGUGGCUCCGGACUCCGAUACCGGUUAAGUCGGAAGAGGGCCAUUUGACGGAGGAGUCGCGCGCGCUUAUUGAAGAAUUUGUGACGGAGAAAUUCGUCGCUCGCUUGGCCGAGGAUGCGCGCUUUGCCACCCCCGAGUCUCAUGUGCUUUGGUUCAAGAAUCCCCGCAGUUUGCAGAGCGUGCAAGCCCUGGAGCAUCUUCAUGUGCUCGUGAAAGAUGUUCCCGAGGAAAUUCUCCUGGAGUGGACGGGUGAGAGCAGGUAG